UCCAAAGGUUUGCAGAACUUGCAGAAUUCAGCACUUUCAGCACGACCUCAAUAGAUGUUGGCUACCCUGUGACCGCGCCGUUUAAAAAUGGAUCGUCGCAUUUCUGACAUGACGCCAGAGCUCGGACAUGGGGAGUUGGAAAUAUCUGACAAUGAGAUAAGAAGGGAGUUGACAAAGCAAGGCGUGACAGACGUAUCUCCUAGAACCUUUCAAAAUCUCAAAUCAGAUUUACAGCGUCUUCUGUAUGAAGAAGUUCGACGCAAUGUGGGUUUCUGCACAUCAACGCCAUCGACAGGACACUCUUCUAAGUCAUCGAGCCUACCUGCAGCAAAGGUAGCAACGCCUCCACUACCAGCACUUCUGGACAGCCAUUCCUGUUACUCAACUACAGAUAAAGGAAGUUCUGGGUCCCACACCAACACAAGGACAUGUUACUCUUCAACCAUAGGCCACAGCUCUGGGACUCAGGACAGCUCUCUGUUUGCUUCAUCGUCUAGCUCAGACUUUGGCGCCAGGGUCAUGCACCGAAAAGUCCUUAGGUGUAGAAAUGGCAAUGCUUACAUAUCAGAAUGUUCAACAUUCAGUGGAGACACCUCUACCAAGUUUGCAGACAAUGUGGACUUUGGUGAACGGAGCAAAGAAAAUGUCACCCUCGCUGAGGUGCCAUCAAAACAGCUACGCAUACCUCAGCGCCGGAGACAGCCUUAUGAUGACGAAGCAAGUGUUCUGUGUAAAGAUCUUCCACCAUCAAGAUGGACAUCCAUAGCAUCAUUACUGCAGUCUUCAGAAACUAAGGUCAGGUGGGAAAAAGGAAAGUACAAGUGCGAUCCUGUGACCCGUUACCACGAGUACCGUCGCGUGUGGGAGAAGUACAAGGUUCCCGGGGAAAAGUCGCACUCCCAGCUACGCUGGAACGUGAGAGCACAAAUGCUGCGGAAGGACGUUGUCGUCACGCACUCAUGGAGGCCGAAAGUUGAAAGCUAGUGAAAGCAACGCAAGCAGGAACUAUAAGUACUCAAUGUACAGCACUUCAUUUGAACCAUCCGUGACAAAUAAAACUGGUGCAUUCCAAGCGCUUCUCAA